AUGGCUCCUUCAGAAGCAUCAUCAAUGUAUUUUGGUUUUGAGGAGUUUUUACCUGUGGUUGCUGCAGGACCUGCACAACCAAGAAACAAUUUGCAACACUCAAAAGAGCCAGUUACACUAGCAGAGAAAUUAGAACAGGAAUUAUCUCCUCCAGAAGAUGAGUACUGCAUCCCACCAGGCUAUGAAGAGGUCUCAGAAGCGUUUGAUAAUAAGGGUGUGCACAACAAAGCAACCAUUUUGAUUUUUGAGAUGCCCGACACAGAGGCGUACUUUGACUGUAAACAAGGGGCUUCAGAUUUCUCAGAGACGGAAUCUGAGGAACCCGAGAUCAAAUCUGGAUCGUCUUAUCAGUCUUGCAAUGAUCCAAUGAAGAGCCAAAGAUCUUUUCCUCUCUUACCUUCUGAAAGUGAGGAAUAUGAAGACUCAGCUUUUCCCUAUGAACCUCUUUCCCUUGUACAAGAAGAAGAUGGCGAGAGUUCUGAAGAUGAAUUUACCUUAUGUGAAGCUCCACCACCAAACACCACUGUUUGUGAAUAUGACAAUGAUGACACUAAUGAAACUAUCUGGAGGGAAAUCGAAGCAGGACUAGGAAAACUGUCAGAAAGUUCUGAUGAGGAGUUUUUGACCACAAGGAUAAUCCGGAGAAGGUUUAUCAUGAAGGCUGAUGAAAUGGACGAUGUCCCACCUCAGUCAGUCUCAGAAGAAUCAUACGUAGAUGAAAAUGGACACACUGUUGUCAAAAAAAUUACAAGAAAAGUUAUCCGCCGAUAUGCUUCUUCUGAUGCUGUGCUAGAGCAGGAUUCAUCAGAGGAAGGUGCCCAGGCCAGCAUCCGGGGAGAUGGAUACUCCCAAGUACUCCAGAGGACCAUAGUGAAGAGUGAAGGGGACCAGUCAGAGGUAACAUUUACUGAAUGUGUGGGUUCAUCAAAGUCAGACAAAGCUGAAAUGGGAGGAGUCAGUUGCGUUGAAUAUGAGCGGACCGUGACUUUGGCCUCAGACAUCCCUUCAGCACAGGAUGACUUCAGACAGGAUCUAGGAUAUAUAUCCUACGGUGUUAACGGUGUUAAUGGCACAGAGCUCCCUCCUGUGGUAGAGAGGCAAACUGCCAGAGAGGACGGGACUGUCGUGAGGAGGUCCCAGACGUGUAAAAGCCACAGUCUGAGGCGGACCGUGGUGAAGGGAGCUGAAGAGAAGCAGCUUUUGAAGCGAGCAAAGGGUCCUCGAAAGGGUUCAAGGUCGACUGCCCUUAAGCAACACCUCCACCAACUCUUUCACCAACACCACGAUCAAACACACGGACAAGCCCCCGACAGCGAGGGACAAGAAACCCACUGA